UUUUUUUUGUCUUUCCGCGGCUCCCUGCAAAUUUCAAUUCCAGCUUCCCCGAGUUUCCACCGCAGAUCUUCCCUCUCUUUCUCUUCCCUAUCUCUCAUCCUCCUCGUCGUCGGCGAUGGGUAUUUGGGAAGCUUUGCUCAAUUGGCUCCGCAGAUGGAAUGGGCGACUGAUUGAAUUCCCUGAAGCUUGAGGGUGAGGAAAUCAUGAUCAACCCACAAAGUGGGAAGAUAAGUAGCAGCCGCAGCCGCAGCCGCAGGCCCAAACGCCGGCGGUGCUGUUCCUUGUUUAGCUCUCUUGGGAGCUCCCGCAGAGGCGAUCAACUGUGGCACAGACGACAUAGCUUGCUAGGUUCCGGCGUUACUCUGGAAUGGAUGCUGCAGCAGUGGAAUAUAGUCGCUGAUCGAUAUUUGCGGUAUUUAAUUUGUUGUAUUUAUAGAGGCCAGGCACAGGUCAGGCAGUUCACCCAAUUCCUUCUCUCUUCUAUAAUCACAAUUCUUGCGUCUCCUCCAAAAUUAUUAUUUUAUUUUAUUUAUUUUAUUUUAUUGUGAAAAUGAGUUGGAAAUGGU